UUCUUGUUUUGCGAAACAGCAAAAUGGCGGCGCCCGUGAAGGCUGUGAGACUCGUGCAGAAGUAGAAAACAUGGAAAGAAACGAAACCGCUAGUCAGUGUUCAAGUUAGUUAUUAAAUCUGUUUACCAGGUUUACAUUCCAACGUUAUCAAGGUCGAACAUUUACAACCAGUGGAUUAAGGUGACAAGUAAAGACGAAGGAGCUUUUUAUUCCAAACACAGGUUAUGAUUUUGACACGUCUGCGAUGCGCGAGGGCGCUGCAGUUGACCCUUGCAGUAAUAAAACCGGACGCCGUCGCUCAUCCUCUAAUACUGGAGGCUCUUCAUCAGAAAAUUCUAGAGAACAACUUCAUUAUUGUUAGGAAGAAAGAUCUCAUCUGGAGAAGAAGUGAUUCAGAGAGGUUUUAUGCGGAGCAUAAAGAACGUUUCUUCUACCAGCGACUAGUCGAAUUCAUGUCAAGCGGUCCAAUGAGAGCUUACAUCCUAGCAAGAGAGGAUGCUAUUAGCUACUGGCGGGAGUUGAUGGGUCCCACUAAAGUGUAUCGAGCACGGUACACAUCACCAAGGACCAUGCGAGCGCUAUACGGGCUCACUGACACCAGGAACACAACUCACGGCUCAGAUUCGUCAGAGUCAGCCGAAAGAGAGAUCGCGUUCUUCUUUCCGGAGUUUAGUGCUCAGUACUGGCUAGAGACGGAGGAGCCAUGUUUUAGAGCAGGGCAUGUUGAAUAUGAUGAGGAGAGACAAAUCCAUACUGCACUAAAACAUAUCUAACCAUUCUACUGCCUUCACCAGGAACUGCUCUAAUAUAUAUGAACCUGAAAGCACUGUUCAUGAUGGAUAUUGUGCCGUUUUCUUGUAUUUCACCAUCAGUUGCUGACUUGUAAAUGAUUGUGUUGCAGCUUUUGCGCUUUGUCUUGGUAUGUUUUUUUACUGAAUAUCUUCUACUGUCUAUGUUAUCAUUUAUUUCUACACCAGUCAAAGCACUCAUAAAAGCACUUGAAUAAUCCUAUUAAUGUGUCUUAGAAAAUACUGCUAAUGUAUUAAACACAGCUUUGGAUUUUGCUCACACACUUAUUAUAUACAUUUUAA